UUGUGAAUGCGGCACCUUAAUAGAAGCAGCAUAAAAUUUUCAUAAACAAGAAGUCCUUUUUAAGAAAAUUUGCAAUUUGUCGGAGAACAAGCGACUAAAAUUGAAUAACGCCCGGAAAACAUUAAAUUUGUAUUUUAUCUGGUGAAAAUUAUUGUAGUGCUAUUUUAGUAUGGCGUCAGUACGCAUUCCAAAGCAAAAGGUGAUCCUCUGUGGCGAGUAUGGAGUGGGAAAAAGUUCAUUGUUUCGUCGUUUUACCACCAACACAUUUGUGACAGAUACUGAUCGCAAAUCUACACUGGGCUUGGAUCACAUAGACCGUGACUACACGGUUGGUGAUAAACAAAUCAAGCUACAACUAUGGGAUACUGGCGGUAUGGAGCGUGUUGCAUCUGUUACCUCAUCAUACUACAAAUUCGCUGAGGGUGCCAUACUAGUUUUCGCCAUGGACAAUGCUGCUUCUUUUCAUUCCUUGUCACAACAUCUACUCGACAUUGUUACUUAUGCCGAAAAUGCGAAAAUUUUCAUUUGUGGUAACAAAAGUGAUUUGGCAGAGCGUGAGCCACAGGUGACCGACGCUGAAGUAGAAGCCUUUUGCGAACAGUGCCACAGCUUGAUUAGUGCCACUUAUAAGACCUCUUGCAAAACUUCGCAGGGUGUUGAGGAAAUGUUUCGCGACAUCUCCCGUAUACUUGUCGAUGCCAAUCGUUCUAAAAUGGAACUCCAAGCUUUGGAGCAACAUAGUUUCAAAAUUGAUUCAGCUGCUGAGGCUGAUGCAGGUGAAGAAAGUUCGCAAUGUAUUUGCUAGCAAAUGGGGAAUGUGGAGUUCGGCUAAAUAAGAGUGAAUGCGAACUUCAUACAUAAAGAUUGAGGGAUAUUUGUAGGCAUUUUAUGCGUAUUAAUGAAAAUUUAUUUAUUUAUUUAUUUUUCGUUUCGAUUGUGCUUUCUUAAAGGUGACUAAGUUUCUGGACUAAAAAUUGUUAAAUGAGCUUAUCUACGCUAAUUUUGUAGUUUUUGUUACAAUCCGUCCAAACUCCUGAAACUUUGAGUUUGAUUACAUUUUCUAAAGG